AUGCCUCUAGACGAAGAAAGUGUAGAGUUAGAACCAGCCACGAGAGCCAACGAGGGCACAUUCAAUUACGCCGCGUAUUUGAAGAAAUGCAUCGGCCACAUGUUUAAUCUCCUGGAACUUCUCGGUUGCCACUGGAUCAACUAUUAUUCGCCAAUAUUUGGAGAAGAAGCCAUAAUCCUCCCACCUCCCCUUACCUUUAUAAUUACUGGUUUAUAUGCAUUUGCUGAAAUCAAAUCGCAGGGAGCUGAUUUUCCUUUCCAAACGCAUCCUCUGUCCACCGAGGUCGCCAUUGCCAGUCUGCUCCUAUAUGGUUUGGCUUCCGCAGCUGAUCAUUUCAUUUCUGUCGUCACGCCUCUUGGUCCAGCUUCAGUUUAUGCCAUUGUUGCUCGCUUGGGAAGGCUUAGUUGUUUGUGCAUUUUGAUGAUAUCUUUGGCAUCUUUCUUCUGUCUUUGA